CUGGGCUGCGAGUCGCACACACUCGCCAGUCGGUGCGCGGACAAGCAGCAGCGGCAGCAGCAGCCAGGAGAGCGCUCCUCGGUCAAGUUCAGGAGCAGCGAGAGAGCAAAACACCGGCAAGAUGGAACUGCGGGGGCGGUGGCUGCUGCUCGCCAGCGUUGUGGUGGUCGUGGCGCUCCCGGCGGCCACCCCGCUGGGGCUGCUGCUGCUGUCGGCCGCGCAGCAGUACCAGGAGGCCGUGCUGCCCUUCCGAGAGCACCCCUACACCGGCAACAAGCCCAUCCUCGCUGAGUACGACUUCAUUGUGGUGAGUACAGAUGUCAAAGUCCCUACAAGCUCAAAGAUUUCGGUAUUUCUCUCACUUCUUUUUAGUCUGAUUUGGUCAACAAGGCGCCCUUCUAGACUCUGGUACAACCUGAAGCUCUCGAAGCCAAAUGAAACUCAUGAGCCCUUAAUCGAAUGGUGACAGGUUGAGGUCCACUAGGGGAUGGGAAUGAAGACGUGCAGGGUGCGACUGGCCGAGUGCAAGACUGCGUCCAAAAACGAUUAGUAUUGGAGGGGAAUGCUCGUAUCUCAUACCCACAACACGUUUUCGAAAGAAUUGAGACAUCCCAUACCUGCCCGCGGUUGCAGGUCACCGUCCGAUC